AGUAAGAGAAAGAAAAUUUGUGUUUAUUUUAAAUCAGAAUCAUAUUUUUGUAGCUGAACAAUCACCAAAUGCAACACGGGACGCACAAAAAACACGCAUGGACAAUCUGCAUAGCGUCUAUAUGUAUUGUAUAAACGAUGUUGAUUGUCGUCGAACACUGCUACUCGAAUAUUUUGGUGAACGCUAUCUGGCGAGUCAAUGUAAAAAGCACGUGGAAACACGAUGUGACAAUUGUUGUAGUGUUGCUCAAGCCAAACUAGUUGAUUUUACCGAAUUGUCCAAACAGAUUCUUGCUUUGGUUGAACAACUCACACAAAAUAUGAGAACGACAACAAUCAACUAUCUGAUUGAUGUUCUCAAAGGAAGCAAACAAAGAGCAAUCAUAGCUGCUGGACAUGAUCAACUCGAACAAUAUAACAUUGCUCAAGAUGUCAUAAGAAUAAAUGUAGAACGGCUGCUGUCGAAGUUGAUCAUGGAUGGUUAUCUUCAUCAAGACAUUUCAAUCAAUGAUACUUAUGGUACAGCCAGUGCAUAUAUUCGUUUGGGAAAGAACACCACAUUCACUGAUCCAAUCAUCUUAUCAGUUUGUGCAAAGAAAGAGAAUCCAAAUGUUCAAUCAGUGAAAGCGACGAGCUCGACACGAAACCGUUUGGUUGAUGGUUGUCUCGAGAAGUUGAAAGAGGAGCUGAAGUGCAUAUCGGCAGAAUAUGGUAUCAAAUAUUCAACAAUAUUGAGCGAAAAAGCUUUGAAACAAAUGGCAACAACUUUGCCUCGAAGCAAAGAAGAGAUGCUGAGAAAAACAGUGGAAAUGACAACAAUCAAAUACGAUUUGUAUAAACUGGAUCGACUGUUGUCAAUCACUUGUUUGUUUGGAUCGAAGUUGGACGAAGAGAAGCGAGAUGAAACGAUGAAUUGUUCAAGUUUGAAACGAAAACACGAAGCAAGCACGCCAACGACGAGUAGUUAUUUUCACGAUGGAACAAAUUAUGAUAGUAAUGCAAAGAAAAAGCGAUGA